AUGUACCGGGCGGUGUCGCAGGGGGAGGCGGAGCUGGGGGCCGGCUUGGAGGCGGAGGGGGCCGCGCCGGCGGGCUCCACCAGCGCCGGCUUUGCGCUGGACGACAUGCUCAGGGCCUAUAACGCGCUCGCAUCAAAGGGCCGCAGCAGCGUCGACCGCGCCGCCGCGCUCGCGGCGCUCAUGUCGUCCGCGCGGCCGAGCGGCGCGGGCGGCUCGACGCGCGGCCCGGCCCUCGACUCCACUGAUCUGCUGUUUGACCACGGGGGGGAGUUCCUGAAUGUGCCCUCGCACCUGCUCAUCGGCGGCGCUGGUCUCGGCACAUGGAGCUUGGCCGCGGGCCGCAAGGGCGGCGCAGCCGCAGCGGCAGCGGCGGCGGCGAUUGCGAUUGCGAGCGGGCAGCAGGCUUCGCCCGCGAGGGGCGGGGGCGCGGAGAGCAAGGCUGCCGCGGAUGGUGGCACGGUGGAUGCGGAGAUGGUCCAGCAGAAGCAGCAGCAGCAGCAGCAGCAGCAGAACUCUGACAACACAGUACGGCCAGGCAGCGCAACUUGGCCGCACAAGCGGGGCGGCUCGCACGUGGCCGAGCUCGCUGCCCUGGCAGCGGCACUGGUGGCGGGCGGCAGCAGUCAAAGGACCCAGCCGCACGGGGGGACCGCCAGCGCCUCGGCGCCGCCUACUGUACCCAUAAGCGCGGCAGCCGCGCCCAUGCUCAGCGCGUGGACUGACACGCCGCGCAGGCGGGCAGCCGCUAUGGCUGCCGGUGCGCGUGCCGAUUGGCAGGGCCCACGGCUGGCCGACACGGCCACUGGCCGUGCCGUGCUGCGGCACGCCGCACUGCCCGGCGUGACGGUCGGCACGGCGCGCAAAGCGCUCUGCAUCGGCGCCCUGGUCGACGCCGCCGCGCUCCCGCAAUCCUCCAUGCGUGGACGGGCUGCCGCGCCACAGCAACAACAGCAGCAACAGCAGCAACAGCAGCAACAGCAGCAGCAGCAGCAGCAGCAGCAGCAGCGCGUGGCCUCCCCGAGCGGACGCCGCUCGGCGACGCCGUCGGGCAGCCGACCUGGCAGCAGGUGGCUCUGCUUCGGAGGCAGCCCCUGCAUGGAGGAUGAGCAGCCCUCCGAUGAGGAGGGGGGCGCCACCGCGGCUGCCCCGCGCUCACCGAACGCGGCCGGAGCUUCCCCCGGGGCCGCCGUCGGCGCGGGCGGCAACGGCGGUGCCGGCGGCCACCUGCAGUUCCUGUUUGGCCCCGACGGCUCGCUCAGCGUCUCGACCGACCCCCUGUGCACGCCCGCGCCGUCGGGCCGCGUCGAGCGCGUCGUGCUCGCCGCGGGCCUGUGGGUGCCGCUGGGGGCGCAGCUGGAGGUGGUGACGGCCGACAGGCAGCGCCACGGCGUGAUGGUGCCCAGUGAAGAGGAGUGGGCCAAGCUGGUGGCCGGCCUGAACGCCGCGCUGCUGCUGGCCGACGCGUCGGCGGCGGGGGCGGGGGCGGCCGAGGGGGUCAAGGGGACCGCGAUAGCGGACAUGGCCUGGUCGUCUCGGGUGGAUGGGAUCCUGUCGUAA